GAAGCGCUCUAGCGCGCCGUUUUUUGGCUUGUCAACUGAAACCACGCAACAAUUUUCACUUUACUAAUCUUGAUAAAUGUUUAAAAUUGGACUAAUGUUUUGUGCAAAAGAUUACGGCUACCGCUGCGCCACUCAGAGUUAAGUGGCGUCGUUUAACAGUCAUAAAUUUGAACUCAUAAAGAUACUUUUUCCCACUGCCCUGUGCCGCGAACUUCUAACAUGCCUCUGUUGAAAAGAAAAGCCUUUGAGAAAACAGCGGUGUCGGAGUACUUGAGGGACGACGAUGAGGUCUUUCACUGUGAGAUCACUGACGAGAUUUUCAAGGAUUAUGAAGAGUACUGUGAGAGAGUUAUACUGGUCAAUUCCAUGGUGUGGACAUGUGAGAUGACUGGGAGGAAUAACCUUACAUACGCGGAGGCCUUGGAGAGUGAGAAGGCAGCCCGGAGGUCUCUCAAAGAUUUUCCUAUGGAGCUGCGGAUACCAAUAUUGUACCUUGCAACAAAAACCAAGAGGUGUUCGUUUGCAGAGAUGUCAGAGGAUGUGUUUAACUUUGUAAGAGAGAGGUUCUUUGUUGGGGAGACAGUUGAAGCCUGUUUAGAGGGAGACCAGUGGCGAGAAGCACAUGUGCUCUCAAUAACUGCACAGAAACAACGUCCAGACAACAAAUCAAUGCUUCCACCAGCAGCAUACUGCUACGAAGUUGAACAAUUUGCAGAUGACCCAACCGAAUCAGGUCAAAUAGGAACCGCACCUCACGACCGCGUGCGCAGGCGCAAGGGCAUCUACACACGAGACAAAAACAGACUGUUCCUCAAACAGUUUGUUGCACCGGGCACUGUUAUUGGUGUAAAAAGAGCAGCAUUAGACAAAUACAACAUAGCCAAAGUGAACUUUGAGCAGAUUUUCACAGGGAACCCACCAGAGUUCCCUUCAUCAAAAAAACUGAUAAAAUCCAGUAUGUCGCCGCCUACCACGUCCAAACUGCUUGCAAAACCAGGCUCCACUUCUAAACUGAACAGGUCCUUGAAGAAACCCAGUCCAGACAAGAAAGGACGGCAGGAGUCUAUGGACAAAUUUGUCAAAAAAACUGACAAGACAGAAGCUAAACCAAAAACACCAAUAGAUCCAGCAGCUAGGAAGACACAACAGGAUCUAGCAGAUAAGAUGCGCAAAGCAGAAGAAUUAAUGCGACAGCGCAAAGAAGAAGAGAAGCUAAAGAAAAAGGAGAAGAACGCGCGCGUUAUGGCGUUCAUGAAGGAGUGGCAGAAGGUCAAAGAUGACCAGGAGUUGGAAGAUCAUAAGGUAAUACCAAAAGGAACAGUCGUCGAAGUGGAAGGAAUAUCGCACAAGCAUUUUGGGGACUUUCUCUCAGUUCUGGAGUUUGUCCAGAAUUUUUCGGAAGUCCUCAAGGUCAAGGACGUGUUUCACAACGAGUUGGACAUGGAGACAUUCAGGAAGGCCUUGACCACAAAGGAGAACGCUUGGAUGUUCAGUGAACUAGUGCAGAUGUUUCUUACGACAAUAUUUUCAUUGCAAGAGGAUGAGGCUGAGGAGUAUAAUGAGAAAAAAGGGAUUCAGGAAUCUGUUGAGAACGAACAAAUAGAAGGGCCCGCGAGUACAUCGCGUGCGAUGGAGUUGGCCACGAAAGCUGGUAAAUGGGCGCAAACUUACCUCGGUACAUCGCUCAGCAAGUUGCCGCUUGACCCCACAACAGUCAGUGAAGUAUUACGGUUGCACCUGCUGUCGUCGGGCGGCGCGGCGGGUGCGCGCUGUGCGGCGUGGCGGCACCACCAGCGAGGCGGGUACUCCAGCGCGGACGACCCUGCGCUGCGCCUCCGGGCCACCUCCCCGGAACUGCUUAGGAGACUGCGGUCGCGGCACCUCGCUGAUUUGGCGAUGGGUGACAAAUUCCUAGUUAUGCAGUGCCUUAUGAACCAAAUAUUAAGUUACGCGACGGUGCGUGACCAAGUAGAGGAGAAAAUAGAGGAAUACAAAAACUUAAAGCAGGCUUUAAGGAUGUUACAAAUAAGUGAGCGUAAACGCGAGCCUCAAUUAACAGCCGCACGCGUUGAACUCAAGAAAGAAACGGCUCUGAGGAAGGAGGAGCUCAAGUUGACCGGCGACCAAGCGAAGCUAGCAGACGACCAACUGACAAUGGCCAUAGAUAAAUUGAAAAAGGAAAGCGAGGCCAAAAAAUUAGAGAACGAGAAGAAGACAAAAGAGCUGCAGGCUCAGCUCUUCGAUUACACAACUUAUGUUGGAUCCGACCGCGCAUUUCGCCGCUACUGGAUAAGCCGGCGAGUCGCCGGCCUUUUCGUGGAGGCGGGCGUUGAACCGCGCGGGCCGUGCCGGAACAAACCGCUGCCUCCGCCGCCAGCGCCUACCGAUGACGUCAUGGCCUACGUCACCGAGCUGUACCACUCCGAGAAAGAGCAGGCCGGAAGCGACAAGGAAAAUGAAUCCGCAGCUAAUUCCCGCAGCGGUUCGCCCAAAAAGCCUUUAACGAAUCUAAACGGGCUCACGCACAAACUGAACGGAGUCGACCCCAGCACGCAGCACUGUCGCGACUUACUGCUCUGCACUGCUGACACCAACACGUGCUACGUCCAUGGCAAGGGAGACUACAGACCGCAGUGGUGGGUGUACAACACGGAGGAGCAAAUCGAACAGCUGAUAGAAUCGCUAAACAAAAGAGGUCUCCGAGAAAGUGAACUGCGACAGAACCUAGAGCUGGAGCGAGAGCAUUUGGUUGAGUACAUCAAGAAGUGUCCACUGGUCUACCUUACCCCCGGAGCGGCACAGCUUCAACCACAAAUAGCGCCGACGACGCGACGUAGAUUGCAGCCCUCGUUAAAAGUUCCUCCAGACUGUUCGCUGUCAGAAGCUCUAGAACUUUCUCUAAGGGACCACAUAUUAGAGUUGGAGGAGAAGAUUUUCCACGGCUGCCUCGGUGCACUUCAAGUUAAGGACCGCGAAGCGUGGCGGGGCACGAUCAUGCUGCGGGGCUACGACAAGCAGGCCGACUACCUGAGCUGGGGACCCUCCAAGCAGUUCAGAGACGAUUACCACCAACCAGACGGGCUUCUGCGGUUGCCGCACGACAUUGACAAAUCAGAAAUAGAAAUAAUAGCAGAAAACAAAUAUCGCGAUCCGGGACACUGUCUGGAGGUGUCGAAGGUGAACGGCGUGAAGUCGGAGCCAGAGGAAGACAGUCCUGCGGCCAAGCCGGACGUAGUACGAGGACUGGCUUGCGCACUGCUGCAAGUUGCGCAGUCCAUACACCAGAAGUACCUGAGAAGGCCGCUGGGGCUGGACGAGAAGGAGCGCCGGGACCGCGAGGCGCGCCACAGGCCGCUGGAGCUGGAUGCGCUGGAGCGCUGGGAGGUGUCGCUGCUGGAGAGCCGCAGCUUCGCCGCUCUGGCGCUGCACCUACUGGCGCUGGACAGCAGCGUGAGCUGGGCGGCCAGCGUGCUCAACGCCAGCUGCCGCGUGUGCCGCCGCCGCGCCGACCCCGACAGCAUGCUGCUGUGCGACGGCUGCAACAAGGGCCACCACCUCUACUGCCUCAAGCCCAAGCUGGCGAAAGUUCCAGAAGGUGACUGGUUCUGCGAACAAUGUAAGCCGAAGGAAAAAACGCCAAGGAAACGGAGAAAACUGUACACAGAGGAGAAACCUGAGGAGGAGUUAGACGAUAGUUCGGAAGCGUUCGAUGCUGAGGAGGCGCUAUCGCUUUGCGGCGCGUGCGGCAGCGGCGGGCGACUGGCGGCGCAGUGCCGCGCAUGCGCCGCGCGCUUCCACGAGGAGUGCGCCGCGCCGCGACAGCGCUUGUCGCGCCGGUUCCUGUGCGAGGCCUGCGCCAACCCCACCAGAGCGCAAGGCAGUCAGCGGCGAUGUGCGGCUGCAGCCAUCACCAACAUCCAGCAGUACGCGCGUGAGAUUAACAAUCGAACGAUAUCCUCGGAAUCUGAAGACAGCGACUACAACUCAUCGCUAGUGUCACUAAAGGGGAAGAAAUCUAGAGGGAGCAAAGAGCCCUCGCCUAUGACGAACGGCACGCCCAAAAGGGGACGCAAGCCGAAAGAAGUAUUAAACGGUAGCACAACGAGAAGAUCAAAAUCACUAACGCAUGGCGUACAUGAAGAGACCCGAACAGGCAAGAAGCGCGGGCGGAGAGAGAUGGUAGAAGUAUUCCACCCGGAGGCGCUCGCACAGCUGCUGACGGACGCCAUGCGACACAAGGACAGCUGGCCUUUCUACGAGCCCGUGCCCGUCGACGAGGUGCCCGACUACUUGAAUGUGAUCGAGCAGCCGAUGGACUUGUCGACGAUCAAGGCCAAGCUAGAGAGCUCGCAGUACGCGACGGACGCGGCGCUGGUGGCGGACGUGGCGCUCGUGUUCAACAACUGCUAUACCUACAACAAGGACUCGCAUCCCGUAGCCAAAGCGGGCAUGCGGCUAGAGAAGUUCAUCAGCAAACGCUGCACAGAGCUGAACCUCCCUUCGCUGCCCGACACCAACGUCGAAGACGAAGACCCCCCGUCAGCCAAGCGAGCCAAGCUGGACUGAUGCACGCUCACCCCCCCGCGGUACAGAGACUACUUGCUGUACUGACUACCAGUUACCCGCGUGACUGUAGUCUCCCCUCAGCUAGAUAGAUACACGGUUUAUGUGCGCAAACCACCGAAGUUAUAGUCUUUCCUUAGCUAGGUACAAGGUGAACAAAUUGUAGGUAUUUGAAAUAUUUCGUACACGUCUAUAGUUAAUUUUUUCUUAAUUGUCUUUUUUUCUAGGACAUUCUUCUGAUUACUUUUUAGUGAAAAGCAUUUUUUAUUACUACAUUUGUAUUUUAUGGCGCAAUGGUGAGUGAUGAGGUCUUAAUAAGUGGAAGGUGUCGGUUUCGAUUCCCCCACUGCCACUGCAAAGCGGGAAUUUAUAAUUUCUGAAGUUUCUCUGAACUGGCCAGGUCAGGCUUCGGCCGUGGCUAGUUACCACUCUACCACUCGACAAAGAUGUGCCGCCAGGCGAUUUACUGUUCUGGUAUGAUGUCACGUAAAAGACAGAGUAUGAAUUUAAAAUUACAGCCUCAUAAAUAUACAAACGCGUACACAUGUUAGCCCGCUUAGCAUAUUAGACUUGAAUUGUUUUUAUUUCCAUUUUUAAAACACACUUUACACUAAAAAGUACUGAAAAUAUUGUUUUACAAGCACGGUAAAUAAGAACUAUUAAUCAUACUUUACAUAAUUCGAAUUAAACUUUAUAAGUUCACGAACUUCGUGCAUUUCGAUGUGCAGAAUUAAAUAUUCGGUAUCAGCCACUCACGUCGGUACAGUUGCGGGAAGCUACACUCGCAGCUAGGCUUCCAAGACGACAUAAAGUUUGAAUCGAACUAUACAAGUAAUUAAUCGUUAAAUAUAAAAAAAAAUUAUAUCAUGUUAAAAUAUGCUCAUGACUGGUUUGUAUCAAUCAGUAAUGUGGUUCUAUGAUGAUUGUAGAAAAAAGGUUAUGCCAAUGCACUCAAUAAGUACAAUAGAUUAUGUAAAAAGCACCAAGCUUCUAUAUAGCGAUUGUUUUUUAAUUAUCUCGAUUGAGGAGGUGGAGGUUUUUUGAAUUCGUACCAAACGCGUAUUUUUUGGCGUUCUCACUCCAUAUUUCCAUUAAAUCUUGUAAAAGUUUUUGUUUUUUUUUAUUAUUUUAAAUGGGUUUACAGUCAAAGUUUUCUUAAAUAAUCAUUUUGAUUUGUCAUGCCUUCGCUGUAAAGACCCAUAAAUAAACUUGACGUAGCUAAACGAAAAGUAUCCAAACUACUUUUAUAUCCAAAUUAAUUUUUAUGAAUGGUUAUUAUAUAAAGUGGUUUACAAUGCCAACAUUACACCCAUAAAAAACAUAACUGAAACUCGAUUUAGAGAAAUUAAUACAAUUUUUUAUAACAUAUAUUUCAGUUACGUCAAAUGACUUGAAAUCACAUUUACACGUGUGUAAAUUAUUAUUUUAAUACUAUUAGACACAGUAAUCCGUGACUCCAUUUGACAUACACUGUAAAGACAGCUGAUAUUUUGUUUGCCACUGCCUAUUUGUUUAUGACAACUUUGUACAGUUAUUUCUCUAACAGUUUUGAUUAAAAUUAACCCCUUUGAGGUCAAACCUGACUUUUUUAAAUUCCACUACAAGUCAACCCUCGGCUGCAAUCUCACCUGAUGGUUAUUGAUAAUCCAGAUAAGAUGGUAGCGGGCUAACCUGUUAGCGGUAUGGCAUUUAUAAGCCAUAUCUUAGGAGAUAUAGGAAAUCAGUUCAGAUUAACGGAGAUGUGGAGUACCAUCGCCAAAAAAAACACGUAACUCUAUUCUUUAAUGGCGCGGAUUAUAUAAUUUAAUAUUUCCGUUAGAAGUUGAUUGUAAAUAUAAUAAUACGCAAUGUUAUAACGAUUCUCUGUGACGACAUGCUUUACUAGUUCGUACUAUGGAUAGUCUAGAUUUUAUAAACCAUAUAUUAUUAUAGCUAGUUGAUGCCCGCGACUUCGUCCGUGCGGAUUAUAAGCUUUCUCGUGGAACUGUGUUAUAUUUACGAACUAAAAAUUACCUUAUGUAACUCCAGAAGGAAAAUCACAAAAAAAAUGUCACACAAAUUUUAUCGCUAUAUUUGAUUUUCAAAAAGUUACACUUACUCUUUAUUGUAACUUGUUUUAUUUUGUAAACAAUAUUUCUAUUUAUUUUUAUUGUAACGUAUGUUUUAAAAAGACUUUUGCGUCACUUUCAGAGGAAUCCAAUUCGAUGGCAGGCUCGCUUCUUUAGCUCUUCGAAGUUAUGUGCGUAUUAAGUAAAUAAUUUGAUUAAAUGGUGAAGGAAAACAUCGCGAGCAAACCUGCCUAAGUUUUCCAUACUGUUCGCAAAGGCGUGUGAAUUCCACCAUUCCGCACUUUACCCUGUAGUGGGCCGGUAAUGGGUUUACAUUUUAUUUAAAUAGAAAAAAAGAAAAAAGGAAUAAAAACAAACUAAAUUUCCGAUUUUAA